GUUCACUGUAAAUAUACUUCAGGCAAUAAAGAAGUCUAUCUACAUAAACGUAGUCUAUUUCCAAAUAUUUGCUUUAGGGAUAAUUUCUAAACCACAUCUAGGCGUAUCAUCAUUUCUUGGACACAACUGAAAUUUCUUUCCACUAUCAUAUAUCUUUUUUCUAAUAUAGUCAAGCUGGCAUGUGCUUAAAUAUUUCAGUUAAGUUCAGUUAAAUACAAUUUUAAUUGAAGUGAGAAAAGAAAUACCUGCUGUGCACAGAAGUGACACAAAGGGAAGAUUAAUCAGUUCUGCUGUUUAGAGAAGGGCAUUUGGAAUAACAAUAACCAACAGCUGUUGAGGACCUAGUGUGUGAUAAGCACUUUAUAAUACCAUUUUCUAAUUUAUUUAACCUAAACUUCUCCACACUGGAAUCUGCAAAGUUCACAGCAACAGUAGUAAGUUAAUUUUUACUUAUUGUUGCUCCCAUGUUUCUGAAAAUUGCUGGGCAUGCCUUGCAUAUUGUCCAGUAAGCCUACUUAUGCUGCGUAUUGCUACAGGCACACAAUGCAUGAGGGUUCCUGGUGGGUCCUGGCCUUGGCAGGUGCAAUUUGCUAAUACACAGAAGUCCCCAUCUGGGUGCUGCCACAGCUCCAGCAGGCCCUGACACAACCAUCUGGGAUCCCCAGAGUGCCAGAGCGGUGUGUCCAUCUUUGGCCAAGUAUGGAAUAGCAUCCCUCUCCAUUAUGUGAUGGAGUCUAUUACAGGGCUGCUAGGAAAUGAUAACUCGGGCUGAAUAUUCUGCUAACUGUCACAUUGCUCUUUCACUUUUUCAUUCCAGGCCUUUUUCUCCCCUGAACUAAAACAUGUAUUUAUGGGCUGGUGCAGAAUCAGAUUUGAGUAAUAUGGCCACUGAGCUCUAUGGUUCAGUGAUGGGCAGUGUCCCUGAGAAUGAAUUACCCCCAACGUGGCUCUUCAAUACCAGGGCUGACGUUCUGGGCCUCCCAGAUCAGUCAGAACUGCAACAAUGGCAGCUACGAGAUCAGCGUCCUGAUGAUGAACAACUCAGCCUUCCCAGAGUCCUUGGAUAACUUGAGACAAGCGGUGGAUGAGGGAGUGGAAAUAGUGAAACAGCGUCUGCUUACUGCUGGCAUAAAUGUGACUGUGAAUGCUACAUUCAUCUAUUCGGAUAGUGUGAUUUAUAAGUCAAAUGACUGCCGGAGUAGCACCUGUGAAGGCCUUGACCUACUCAGGGAAAUUUCUAAAAACAAACAAAUGGGCUGUGUCCUCAUGGGGCCCUCAUGUACAUACUCUACCUUCCAGAUGUACCUUGACACAGAUUUGACCUAUCCCAUGAUUUCAGCUGGGAGUUUUGGCUUGUCAUGUGACUAUAAAGAGACUUUAACCAGGCUGAUGUCUCCAGCUAGGAAGCUGUUGUACUUCUUGGUUAACUUUUGGAAGGCCAAUCAUUUGCCAUUCAAAGAUUUCUCCUGGAACACUGCAUAUGUUUUCAAGAAUGGCACCGAGACCGAGGACUGUUUCUGGUACCUCAAUGCUCUGGAGGCUGGAGUGUCCUAUUUUUCUCAGGAACUCAGCCUCAAGGAAAUGCUGAGGGGAAAUGACCAGUUUCAGGAUAUCUUAACGAACCAGAACCGGAAAAGCAAUGUGAUUGUUAUGUGUGGUUCACCAAGCAUCAUUGGCAACCUCAGGGGGGACCGGGCAGUGGCUGAAGACAUUGUCAUUAUUCUAGUGGAUCUAUUCAAUAACCAUUACUUCACGGAAAAUGUCACAGCCCCCGACUAUAUGAAAAAUGUCCUUGUCCUGACAUUGCCUCCUGGGAAUUUCACCUCCAUUAGCUCUUUCUCCAGGGGUUUAUCACAGGCAAAAAAUAACUUUGCUCUUGCCUACUUGAAUGGAAUCUUGCUAUUUGGACAUGUGCUGAAGACAUAUCUUGAAAAUGGAGAAGCUAUUACCACCCCCAAAUUUGCUCAGGCUUUCAGGAACCUCACUUUUGAAGGGCAUGCAGGUCCUGUGACUUUGGACGACUGUGGGGAUAUUGACAACACUAUGGUGCUUCUGUAUACUUCUGUGGAAACCAACAAAUACAGGGUUCUCUUGAGCUAUGACACCCAUAUAAAUAAGACUACCCCAGUGGCUAACAACCCCAUGUUCAUCUGGAUGAACCACAAACUUCCUAAUGAUCUCCCAGGCCAGGGCCCUCAAGUCCUGUUGAUUGCAGUCUUCACUCUCACAGGAGCUGUGGUUCUGCUCCUGCUCAUUGCUCUUCUGGUGCUGAGAAAAUAUAAAAAAGAACAUGAACUUCGUCAGAAAAAAUGGUCCCACAUUCCUCCUGAAAAUAUCUUUCCUCUGGAGACCAAUGAGACCAACCAAAUUAGCCUGAAGAUCGAUGAUGACAAGAGACGAGAUACAAUUCAGAGACUCCGACAGUGCAAAUACGACAAAAAGCGAGUCAUUCUAAAGGAUUUCAAGCACAACGAUGGCAAUUUCACUGAGAAACAGAAGAUAGAAUUGAACAAGUUGCUUCAGAUUGACUAUUACAACCUCACCAAGUUCUACGGCACAGUGAAGCUUGAUACCAUGAUCUACGGGGUGAUCGAAUACUGCGAGAGAGGAUCCCUCCGGGAAGUUUUAAAUGACACCAUCUCGUACCCCGAUGGUACAUUCAUGGAUUGGGAGUUUAAGAUCUCGGUCUUGUAUGAUAUUGCUAAGGGUAUGUCAUACCUGCACUCUAGUAAGACCGAAGUCCAUGGCCGCCUGAAGUCCACCAACUGUGUGGUAGACAGUAGAAUGGUGGUGAAGAUCACUGAUUUUGGCUGCAAUUCCAUUUUGCCUCCCAAAAAAGACCUGUGGACAGCCCCGGAGCACCUCCGCCAAGCCAACAUCUCCCAGAAAGGAGACGUGUACAGCUACGGGAUCAUUGCCCAGGAGAUCAUCCUGCGGAGAGAAACCUUCUACACAUUGAGCUGCCGGGACCAGAACGAGAAGAUUUUCAGAGUGGAGAAUGCCUACGGAGGAAAGCCCUUCCGCCCAGAUCUAUUCCUAGAAACGGCAGAGGAAAAAGAACUGGAAGUCUAUCUACUUGUAAAAAACUGCUGGGAGGAAGAUCCAGAGAAGAGACCAGAUUUCAAGAAAAUUGAGUCUACACUGGCCAAGAUAUUUGGCCUAUUUCACGACCAGAAAAGUGAAAGUUAUAUGGACACUUUAAUCCGACGUCUCCAGCUCUAUUCUCGGAAUCUGGAACACUUGGUGGAGGAAAGGACCCAGCUGUACAAGGCAGAGAGGGACAGAGCUGACAGACUUAAUUUUAUGUUGCUCCCAAGGCUAGUGGUAAAGUCUCUGAAGGAGAAGGGAAUUGUGGAGCCUGAAUUGUAUGAGGAAGUGACAAUCUACUUCAGUGACAUUGUAGGCUUCACCACCAUCUGCAAAUACAGCACACCCAUGGAAGUGGUGGACAUGCUCAAUGACAUCUACAAGAGUUUUGACCACAUUCUUGAUCACCAUGAUGUGUACAAGGUGGAAACCAUUGGCGAUGCCUACAUGGUGGCCAGUGGUUUACCCAAGAGGAAUGGCAACCGGCAUGCAAUCGACAUUGCCAAGAUGGCCUUGGACAUCCUCAGCUUCAUGGGGACCUUCCAGCUGGAGCAUCUUCCCGGCCUCCCCAUAUGGAUUCGCAUUGGAGUUCACUCUGGGCCCUGCGCCGCUGGAGUCGUGGGGAUCAAGAUGCCUCGUUAUUGCCUAUUUGGAGACACCGUCAACACAGCCUCGAGGAUGGAAUCCACGGGCCUCCCCUUGAGAAUUCAUGUGAGCGGCUCCACAAUAGCCAUCCUGAAGAGAACCGAAUGCCAGUUCCUGUACGAAGUGAGAGGGGAAACAUACUUAAAGGGAAGAGGAACUGAGACUACCUACUGGCUGACGGGGGUGAAGGGCCAGGAGUACAACCUGCCGACCCCUCCUACUGUGGAGAAUCAGCAGCGCUUGCAAGCCGAAUUUUCCGACAUGCUCGCGAACUCUUUACAGAAAAGGCAGGCGGCGGGGAUAAGAAGCCGAAAACCCACACGGGUGGCCAGCUACAAACGGGGCACUCUGGAGUACUUGCAGCUGAACACGACCGACAAGGAGAGCAACCAAGCGAAUUAAGCACAGCUGCACUAAGGCGGUGGCCUCAAGUGUCCCAGAGACCUCCAAGCAGCGGCAGACUGUGAUGCGCUUGGCUUGGCCUUGGCUGCCAGGGCGGGAACACAGACUGGCUUCUGUGAAUCAGAUGUACACACGCGGUGCAAAAAUUACCUUUUACUCUGAAGUCUGAUCUCAACAGUGGCUCUGGGGAGCUGCCCCCUGGGAAAGAAGAAUAGAUGGACUGUCUCUAAACUGAAGAGAUUGUGUUCUUACUCCCAUUUGUUUGGUUUUGGUUUUGUUUGGUUUACUGGCUGGCUCUUUUUCCUUCUGUAUUCAUGAGCGUUUUUAAAUUGUCACGAUUAUAUUUUAAAUACCCUAUCUCCAUUAAAUUAUAUUUAACUCAUAAUUUUUGCAGAAAAUAUGCUCUAUGGUAGGCAAGAAUAAAAGUUA